UUUUUUACAUCAAUUAAAUUAUUUCCUAAUCUAAUUAUUGACAGAUUGUUUUUGCUAAUUUUUUAUCUACUAGUUAAUUGAUUUGUGAACAUCAUGCUACUCGAUUAAAGGUUCAUUCAUCUACAAUUAUUAGUGAUUAUUGAAUGAACAUCAAUUUUAACUUGUUGAUUAAAUUCUGGAUCAAUAUUUCUCUCAAGCCUUGUAAUUUUUUGGUUCUAUUUUUGGCUCCAUCUAAUGAUUAUUCAGAAAGUCUUUGACAAAAAAGUGUUUUUACAUUUAAUAUUGAAAAUUGACCGAAUGUUGAAAAGCUGACUCAAUCAAUUAUCGGAGUCCAAUAGAGGGCAGAACACCAAAAAUACAAAUUCAUUGGUAAAAAUUGAUUAACAAUUAACUAUGGAUAAGGAUCAGACCCCUCUUGUUUACGGUCUUGGACUAUCUGUAUGCAAUAUCUGAUAAAGUGUUUCAUGUUCUGUGUUAAUAACUUUCAUCGGAAAUGUAUCAACAGCAAACUAAAUCAUCUUCAGCAUCAUCCAACAAAUUUUUGGCACCCUCUCGCUUACCUCGUAAAGGUCUUUCAUCAAGUCCAGUCCCUCCUCCAUCCAAGCCACCAAGAACUUUUGCCCAUGAUGUCUAUCUAAAUGCCAAGAACAGUCUUCGACCCACUGGUACAGUUACUCCUAUAGUGACUCGGCGUGUUCGUUCACCAUUACCACCAAUUACUUCCAUAAAAGAGAAAGCCAUCAAUAGUCCAUACCAUUAUUCUAAUCAUAUUUAUAGUUCCAUUGAUGAUGACAAAACUUACUUUCGCAAUGCUACUUUGCGGCGUCGGUCAAAAAGCUUCGAGCACAUUUACGCUGAGCCUGAAUCACCAAUCAAAGAUGAUAUUGAAGUUAGUGAAAAGUUCAGAAAACUCCGUAAUAAAGUAACUCCAGCGGAUGUUGAUCCCUACAUGGUUACAGAUUUAUUCAAUGCAAAGGAAACCCCUAGUAAAUCAAGUCGCAUUAAGGAUAUUAUAAAACAAUCGUUUUCCGCCCUCCGACGAUUUACUCGUUUAGCUCAAUUUGAUCGGCCAGAAUUCGAGGAUGACACUGCCAGCGAAAUCAGUCCAUCAGAGAUUGCUGAACGUAUUAUCUAUGUAAAAACCCUAAAACGAAAUCAUACUCUUGAAACCUCCGAUUAUUACAGCUCUGUAGCUGAUACCAAAACAGAAGUUAGCCUUUGUCGAUGUUGCUUGAUCAUAAAAGAUGAUGGGUCAACAACCAUUAUACCAAGAAAUGUUAAGCUCAACAAUACCAAGUUAAUUGAGGAGUUAACCGAUUUUCCUGGACUCGAUUUUGAUUACUAUUGGUUCACUAUUUGGACGAAAGACGAUAAAUUUCUUUAUGCUUACUGUGAACGCCAGAAUCGUUAUAAACGCCGGGUUUGCAUUGUAUCUGAUGUUUAUUUUCCUGAACUGUAUAUAAGAAUCUUUAAAGCCCUUGGUAGUAAGGAAAAUAUUGACCCACCGGUUAUAUCAUUUCUUAAAAAGAAAUGUUGUGCACUACCUGGAGACGAUUUAAACUACCUUUUUCUUCUUAAUGUUCAAGUUCCUUAUGACUGCCAAAUUAGUUUAACCAAACAAUCAGAUCUUCUUUAUCUGAUAAGCCCUUCCUUAUUGAUGAUGUGCAUCGCCACCUUGAUUCAUGAACGCCGAGUGGUACUCGUUUCACGUCAAGAACAACGCCUUAUUUCAUCUUGUCGUCAACUUGUUUCACUACUUUAUCCACUUUCUUGGGAUUACAUGUUUUGGCCUUUAGUUCCUUCCAACCAUUUGUCACUUUGCUCAGCUAUUAAUAUGCCUUUCCUGAUCGGUAUUCAAUCACGGAAUGUGUGGAAGUUUAUCAACGCCAUUAAAAAACGUGAUGAUAAAUUGCUUAUCAUUGACUUGGAUCGAAAUUUGGUUCUCAUGGAGAUUGGCGAUGAGUCCAAAAUAAUUCCUGCUAAAAUAUCAAAAGCUGUUAAACUUGCUCUUGAUUUAUGUCUUUCUAUGAAUGAUCCUCAAGAUAAAUACCGUGAUGGAGUUACCAGAGAAGCCUUUAUUGAAAUGUUCAUUGAACUCAUAGGAACAGCUCGUCUCUUUGUGACAGAAGACAGUUUCUCGCGAGAAGCUUAUAUAGCAUCAAUUAAAAGUCGUAGUCAUCAAUCAUUUCUUCAAUGGUUCACCGAGACUCGGUUGUUUAACAAUCACAUUAAAUUCAAUCAGCUGCGAUUAAUACAAUCACGAAUCCAUCCAAAAUAUAAUCAUUUCCUUCAAAUGGGACUAUUUGAGAUGAAAUCUCUUCAAAUUAUCAAUGAAACUCAAAGUAAAACAACUAAAUCUCUUUUCGGCAAAUUCAAGAUAUAAAUAUCUUACCAAUCAGUAUCGAACCAAACUCUUAAGAAGCACCUUCAUAAACAGAUAAACAGCUGAUGGUUUUACAAAAGAUCUGAGACAAAAAACAAAGCAAAGUGUAAUUAUCAUUUCCAACAUCAUGACCAAAAUCAAAAGCCUUUCAAACUAAUGUUUUUGUUUUGUUCAUAUUUUAACUCGCACUGUUAUUAUCAUCACUUAUUAUCAUUAUUUUUAUUAUAAAUUUUUGCUCUUACCACAAUUUUAAUGAUCUAAAUGUCGAUAGAAGUUAAUUUUUUACCAGCAAAAUUAAAUUUGAA